AAACACACUUUUUUUUUUCCUCUUUCAAAUCUGCAAGAAGCCUUAAAAUAAUAGCAUUACUGUACUUCCCUAAGUCUGGAUUUCCCAAAGCCGCUCGGGGAAACUCCGUCCCCGAGUGCCACAAGCAGCUCCAAGAGCCACCCAACCUGUGUGCCACCGGCCAGCACGGGGAGAUGCCCCAGAAGAUCAGUGCUGGCUCUGCUUGGAGCCAGGCUGGACACCCAGGGCUCCCAAGAUAAGCCCGGCCAGGCUGGGAGCACGCACAGGAACCGGGGCUCGGCCGCAGCUGCAACGUUUCCUGUUUGACAGAGAGAAAAGACAGCACAAGAUGAGGUGGCUGGCAUGAGGAGGGCGGCUGGGGCGUGUUCCUGCCCGGCUCAGAGCGGCACUCGAGGGGCACGACGGGACCCUGGCACCAGCCCCAGGCUGUCCCUCAGCCCCGUGUCUGCCCCGCUUGCAGGGCACAGGCCCCCUGGGGACGAGGCCACCAUGCCCAGCAGGACACGGCCACGGCGGCGCCCGGGCGAGAGCUACGAGGAGAGGAGCGAGCGGAGGCAGGAGGCCAGGGAGGGCAUGUGCCACAGGAACAAUGUCACCUGCUGCCGCCAGCCAGCCCGGCCAGCCCCGCGGUCACCGCACAGCCCCCGCCAAAGGGAGUUCCUCAGGAGGAGGAACCUGCCCGGAGAGGCUCUGGGGACCCUGCUGGGACAAGAGCCCGAGGCUCGGACCCCUCUGGACCCCCAACCCAGCAUCCUGCCCCAGGAGCAGCCCCUGCCCUCAGCCUGUCCUGGGGAGACGCUGACCACAGCUGAGCUCUCGUUCCAGCACCCCAGGACCUUCCCCCCUGAGCUGAGCCCCAGCAGCCCCCAGGGACGAGGGGACCCUGUCACCACCCAAGGAACUCAGACCCUCCCAAAGCCCAGCUCAGCGCUGAAGGACUCGAGCCAGCAGACAGACUGGGGAAUUGCAGUUUUGAAUAAGGAAAUGGUGCAGCUCUCCAACUACCUGAAGGAAGCCUUGCACCGUGAGCUGCUGCUCAAGCAGAAGAUGGUGAUUUUACAGGAGCUUUUGUCCACUCUGCUCCAGGCAUCAGAGAAAUCCUGGCAGGGUCAGCUGAACGAAGACAAACUGAGGUGCAAACUACGGGUGCUGGAAAAUCAGCUGCAGGCCUGCACCCAGAGUUACUCAAAGGAGUGUGUGAAGAAGAUCCUGAUCGAGAUGGAGGACCAGAAGCAGACCUAUGAGCAGAAGGCAAAAGAGGCUCUUCAGAAGAUGCUGGAGGACAAACUCCAGACAGAGCAGCAGCUGCAAAACUCUCAGAGAAGCCUGGCAGAGACACGAGAGGACCUGGCCUUCUGGAAAGAGCACGACGCCACGCUGAAAGCCGAGCUGAGCAGGGUGACCACAGCACACAGCGAGCUCAAAAACAACUUCCAGGCUCUGCAGAGCGAGCUGCAGCGGGCGGACUCGCAGAACGAGCGGCUGAGCCGGGAGCUGCAGGCGCUGCGGGAGGAGCGCUCGGAGCUGCUGCACAGAGCCAGCGCCCUGCGCAGCGACAACGACCGCCAGGCCGGCCACAUCCGCCACAUCCAAGAUAAAUUGCAAAAAGAACAAGAGCAGAAGGUAACGCUGGAGGAAACAAUCAGCCAUCUGCAGAACUUGAUCCACAACCAGAACAACCAGCGGAAGAGCCAGGAGGUGACGGUGCAAAGGAAAGACCAGGUUUCCACCACACAGACCCCACCUCUCACUCCUGCCAAGGAGAAACAAAUCGCUCUGUUAGAGCACCCCGAGGAGGAGGAGGAGGGAACAGAAAGUCUGCAGGAUGAGAUGCAGAGAAGAACAUCCCCGCUCACAGCAGAGGAGAACGAGGUACCCCAGGACACUCGGGCAGCAGAGCUGGGCCGUGCCCCGCUGCAGGUGCAGCGCUGCAGCCACUGCAGCAGCCCGGGCGCCCCGGGUGUGCAGGGAGCCCAGGGCACCCCUGCUGCUGGGGACCCCUCCUCGCUGUGCCCGCAGUGCUCGGAGCUGCGCUCGGAGCUGGAGGCGCUGAGCGAGGAGUACCAGUCCUGCCUGACGCGGCUGCGGCAGUGCCGAGCCGAGCUCAGCCGCUCCCAGGGCAGCCAGGCACAGAGGCAGCGCGGUCCCUGGAUCCCUCUCCUGGUGGCAGUGGCAGCAGUGGCCAUCGCCACCUUGCUGGCGAGUUACAGCCUGUGAAGGAGCUCCUUGAUGACUGACUUCACUGCAGGAACUGACCUGUGCUUCACCAAAACCUCACCUCACCUUCUGCCCUUCUGUGGGUUUGUAUCCUGAGCUGGCCUCACUCCAGACGAGUCCCAGUGACCACGGGGACAUCGCCCCUGCCCUCAGUGCUGUGGUUCCUCUGUUCCUGCCCCAAGGUACAGGGGGACAAAGCCCCUCUGGCCACUACUGCUGUGGCUGGCACGGGGCGAGAGGGACAGGGCAUCCCGUGCCCUUGGC